AUGGCAUUAUCAAGCCAAUUUCUCCAGCAUAAUAUAUGGUCCAACUCGGAGUUUACGCGUACCUUGAGUGUCCCUCCAUUAUUGAAAGCUAACCAUGAACCAGUUAAGAAGCUAUCACAACGAAAACUUAAAAUACGAGGCAUCAAGAACAAAUCCAACAGUUUGGUCACAUUUUCGAUGUUAAAUCCUGAGAGUGGCACGAGUAUGAGUGCAGUUUCUCCAUCCGACACAAUCAAGAAGUUCUAUUCAAGUAUUAACAACAAGGACAUGAACCAACUAGCACUGCUCCUAGCUGAAAAUUGUUUCUAUGAUGAUUUCUCCUACAGUCAACCAUUCCAAGGGAGAGAGGAGGCCCUUAAAUUUCUGGAGCAACUAGCCACAUGCAUGGGGAAGAACACAGAGUACUGCAUUGAACACAUUUAUGAGGGAGUUGAUCUCACAACUGUGGUAAACUGGCAUUUAGAGUGGAACAAGAAACAGGUUCCUUUCACUAGAGGCUGCAGUUGCUACGAGUUAUCAAGAGAUGGAGAAGAGCUAGUCAUAAGGAAAGCUCAAGUAAUUGUUGAAUCACCAGUCAAACCAGGAAGCGUAGCUUUGGAAGCGUUCCAGAAGGUCAUUUCAGUAUGUGAUGCUUUCCCUCAGUCUGCUGAAUGGUUGUUCCAGAUGAGUCCUCAACUGAUAACUUCCUAUUCCCGCUACACAUCAUGGCUCAAUUACAUGUCAACCUUAAGUCCUUGGAGUGAUUCAAAAGAUCAAGAUCAAACUCCAAAGAAUGACUAGCUUUGUAAUUAAGUCCUAAGGCAUAUUUGGCCAUAUUUGUAGUAAGACUAGUGCUACUAAA